CAAUAGAAUUACUACACUCAUUUGGAUAAAUAAUUCCACAGUGUAAUCCUUAGAAUGCGAAAAACAUGACGAACAGUAGACCACCUACUCAAGCCACAAAAUCCCAUCACAAUAGUUUCAUGCAUUGUUCUCAUCCUAUAUAACAUACAUGCAAUCCUCCUCCAAACACAACUCACAUAAUUCUACUCUCUCUCUCUCUCUCUCUCUCUCUCUCUCUCUCUCUCUCUCAUGAAGAAGAGAAUUGAACUGAAAGAUGAGCUUAUACUGCAACACCCGUUUCUCCUUCUCCUUGCUCUAGCAUUGGGAUUCAUUAUAAUGGAUCCAUUUCAAAUGGGUCCGGUUGGAGGCCAUGAUUUUAGGCCGGUGAAGCAUGACAUUGCACCAUACAAGCAAGUCAUGGAGACGUGGCCUACGGACAACAGAAGCCGAUUAGGGUCUGGAACUUUGGAGUUUGUGGAUCAAGUAUUUGGCCCCGAGUCGUUGGAGUUUGAUUCAAGCGGACGUGGUCCGUACGCAGGGUUAGCAGAUGGACGCGUAGUGAGGUGGAUGGAGGAAGCUGGAGGUUGGGAAACAUUCGCGCUCGUGACAAGAAACUGGUCUGAGAAACUCUGCGCAAAAGGAGUCGACUCUUCGACGUCCAAGCAAUGGAAAGUGGAGCCGCAGUGCGGCCGCCCCCUAGGCCUAAGGUUUGACAAGAAAACUGGAGAUUUGUACAUAGCAGAUGCCUAUUACGGACUCCUUGUUGUGGGGGCUGAAGGGGGCAUCGCUACUAGUUUGGCAACUCACGUGGAAGGAGAAAAAUGGCCUAUUUUCUUCGCAAAUGAUCUUGACAUCCAUAACAAUGGUUCCAUCUUCUUCACAGAUACUAGCAAGCGAUACAACCGCGCGGAUCAUUUCGUGAUAAUGUUGGAAGGAGAGGCCACAGGUAGGCUUCUUAGGUAUGAUCCUCCUACAGGAACAACACAUGUUGUAAAAGAUGGCUUGGCUUUUCCAAAUGGAGUUCAACUUUCUAAAGAUCAAUCCUUCCUUCUGUUCACUGAGACUACCAAUUGCAGGAUACUGAAAUACUGGCUAGAGGGUCCGAAAACAGGCACCGUUGAGGUAGCUGCUAACCUACCGGGUUUCCCAGACAAUAUAAGGCUAAACGAGAAAGGCGAAUUCUGGGUGGCGAUAGAUUGUUGCCGAACCACAUGGCAAGAAGUUUUCUCUAACAACCCAUGGAUAAGGAGCAUUUACUUCAGACUGCCGAUUCGGUUGAAGUACUUGGCUAGGUUCAUGGGUAUGAAGAUGUACACUGUCAUCUCUCUGUUCAAUGACAAGGGAGAGGUAUUGGAUGUUCUUGAAGACAGGAAGGGUAAAGUAAUGGAGCUAGUCAGUGAAGUUAGAGAGACAAAGGGGAAACUGUGGAUUGGUACUGUGGCUCAUAACCAUAUUGCUACCCUCCCUUACCCUUAAACCUAGUUCAUUUGAAUCUUGUAGCUUUUAAGCUAUGUGCAAGUGUUUGUUCUUCAGAGAUUGGAACUAAAAUUGGAUAAGAUUGAUCAGGUAGGUUUAUGUGUUUAAUCAGUGCUCUAGUUUGCAGGUGGUGAUUGUUGUCA